CCAACCCCAAAAAAUUCAACAAACUCUUAUAAUGAUUCCCUCUGCUCUACUACACCAACCCACUUUCUCUUUGGCCACCAAAAGUUUGGUUUGGUAAGAACUAAGCCCUCUUCUUUCUCUCCCCUUCUCUCUUAAAAAGUUAAAAUCCACCUAACUUUUUCAGCCAAGAAACAACGCGAAAUUCAGAGAUAAAGAGAAAGAAUAAUGGCUCAAGCUACUACCAUCAACAAUGGUGUCCAAACUGGUCAAUUGCACCAUACUCUACCCAAAGCCCACUUACCCAAAUCUUCAAAAACUGUUAAUUUUGGAUCAAACUUGAGAUUUUCUCCAAAGUUCAUGUCUUUAACCAAUAAAAGAGUUGGUGGGCAAUCAUCAAUUGUUCCCAGGAUUCAAGCUUCUGUUGCUGCUGCAGCUGAGAAGCCUUCAUCUGUCCCAGAAAUUGUGUUACAACCCAUCAAAGAGAUCUCUGGUACUGUUCAAUUGCCUGGGUCAAAGUCUUUAUCCAAUCGAAUCCUUCUUUUAGCUGCUUUGUCUGAGGGCACAACAUUGGUCGACAACUUGCUGUAUAGUGAUGAUAUUCGUUAUAUGCUGGACGCUCUCAGAACUCUUGGUUUAAAAGUGGAGGAUGAUAAUACAGCCAAAAGGGCAGUUGUGGAGGGUUGUGGUGGUCUGUUUCCUGUUGGUAAAGAUGGAAAGGAAGAAAUUCAACUUUUCCUUGGAAAUGCAGGAACAGCGAUGCGCCCAUUGACAGCUGCGGUUGCCGUUGCUGGAGGAAAUUCAAGUUAUGUGCUUGAUGGAGUACCAAGAAUGAGGGAGCGCCCCAUUGGGGACCUGGUAGCAGGUCUAAAGCAACUUGGUUCAGAUGUUGACUGUUUUCUUGGCACAAAUUGCCCUCCUGUUCGGGUCAAUGCUAAAGGAGGCCUUCCAGGGGGCAAGGUCAAGCUCUCUGGAUCAGUUAGUAGCCAAUAUUUAACUGCACUUCUCAUGGCUACUCCUUUGGGUCUUGGAGACGUGGAGAUUGAGAUAGUUGAUAAAUUGAUUUCUGUACCGUAUGUUGAAAUGACAAUAAGGUUGAUGGAACGCUUUGGAGUAUCUGUUGAACAUAGUGAUAGUUGGGACAGGUUCUACAUCCGAGGUGGUCAGAAAUACGAAUCUCCUGGAAAGGCAUAUGUUGAGGGUGAUGCUUCAAGUGCUAGCUACUUCCUAGCAGGAGCCGCCGUCACUGGUGGGACUGUGACUGUAAAGGGUUGUGGAACAAGCAGUUUACAGGGUGAUGUAAAAUUUGCUGAAGUUCUUGAAAAGAUGGGUUGCAAGGUCACCUGGACAGAGAAUAGUGUAACUGUUACCGGACCACCCAGGGAUUCAUCUGGAAGAAAACAUCUGCGUGCUAUCGAUGUCAACAUGAACAAAAUGCCAGAUGUUGCUAUGACUCUUGCAGUUGUUGCCUUGUAUGCAGAUGGGCCCACCGCCAUCAGAGAUGUGGCUAGCUGGAGAGUGAAGGAAACCGAACGGAUGAUUGCCAUUUGCACAGAGCUGAGAAAGCUUGGGGCAACAGUUGAGGAAGGAUCUGAUUACUGUGUGAUCACUCCGCCUGAAAAGCUAAAUCCUACCGCCAUCGAAACUUAUGACGAUCACCGAAUGGCCAUGGCAUUCUCUCUUGCUGCCUGUGCAGAUGUUCCCGUCACUAUCCUUGAUCCGGGAUGUACACGUAAAACCUUCCCGGAUUACUUUGAUGUUUUAGAAAAGUUUGCCAAACAUUGAGUAGCCAUAUAUGGGAUCUAUAAAUUGUACGCGGAAGGUUUUGAUUUGAGACUAAUAGUAGAUAACAAGGCUAUAAACUCGCAUUCUGCUUGAGUAAUUAUGAAAUUCUUUGUAUUAUGUUUGUAAGAUUUUAAGUAGCUUAUAAAUUACAAUGUACUAAAGUCUUGAAAUAAGUUAUGUAUGGAUUAUGAUUUAUGAUGCUGAAAUCAAUGAGAAAUGCACACUUGAAAGCCUUGACCUUGAA